AUGGAGCAGAUUAUCAUAGCCUACAUAGUUUUGGGAGCUGUCACUAUAUCUAUUGUGAUAAUUGUUGUUUGUACACUAAUAUUCGGCAAGAGUACUAGUAAUCAGAAAAGUAGAAACCAUGACGAAGAAAAUAAUACUGAUGGAAGUAUGGUAGCUGGAGAUGCGGCUGGUGGAUCGCGAAACUGGGGUUUGCAAGGUGUAGGAGGUGGACGGGGAGGUUCCGGUUUGUUGGGUUGGGGAGUUGGUGGAGGCUUGGGUUUUGGAGGUGGAUGUGGUGGUUUGGGAGGUGGAGGAGGCGGAGGAGGAGGAGGUUGUUAA